AUGUCCGAGCACAUUAUCAAGCCACAAGCAGCGGGCGAGAAGGCCGACACCUCUGAAUGGCCUCUUCUUGUCAAGAACUACGACAAGCUGGUUACGCGGACCGGCCACUACACCCCGAUCCCCGCCGGCAGCACUCCUUUGACGAGAGAUCUUAAGAGCUACAUUUCGUCCGGUGUGAUCAACCUUGACAAGCCUGCGAAUCCUUCUUCACACGAGGUUGUCGCUUGGAUUAAGCGUAUUCUGCGUGCCGAGAAGACCGGUCACUCUGGAACUCUGGACCCCAAGGUCACUGGCUGUCUUAUUGUUUGCAUCGACCGGGCUACUCGCCUGGUCAAGAGCCAGCAAGGCGCCGGUAAGGAGUACGUGUGCGUUUUGCGCCUGCACGAGGCUCUCAAGGACGAAAAGGAGCUUGGUCGCGCUAUCGAGACUCUUACUGGUGCUCUGUUCCAGCGCCCUCCUUUGAUUUCUGCCGUUAAGCGUCAGUUGCGUAUCCGUACCAUUUACGAGUCCAAGCUGUUUGAGUUCGAUAACGAGCGCCAGCUUGCUGUUUUCUGGGCUUCUUGUGAGGCCGGUACUUAUAUGCGUACUCUGUGUGUCCACCUGGGCAUGCUGCUCGGCGUUGGCGGCCACAUGCAGGAGCUUCGUCGUGUCCGCUCUGGUGCCCUCAGCGAGAGCGACAACAUGGUCACUCUCCACGAUAUUUUGGACGCCCAGUGGGUCUACGAUAACAACCGUGAUGAGAGCUAUCUCCGUCGCUGCAUCCGCCCGCUUGAGUCUUUGCUGCUUGGUUACAAGCGUAUGGUGGUGAAGGACUCUGCCGUCAAUGCUGUGUGCUAUGGCGCCAAGCUCAUGCUUCCCGGUUUGCUGCGCUACGAGCAGAAUGUCGAGACCGGCGACGAGGUCGUUCUUAUGACCACCAAGGGUGAGGCUAUUGCUCUCGGUGUUGCCCAAAUGUCGUCUACCGAUUUGGCAUCUUGUGACCAUGGCGUCGCUGCCAAGGUCAAGCGCUGCAUUAUGGAGCGUGACACUUAUCCUCGUCGCUGGGGUCUUGGUCCUAUUGCUCAGAAGAAGAAGGAGCUCAAGGCCGCUGGCAAGCUUGACAAGUACGGCAACGUCAAUGACAAUACCCCUGACUCCUGGAAGAAGGACUACGUUGAGCACACUGGCGAGAACGCUCAGCCUAAUCCUGUUGCUCCUGCCUCCGCUUCUGCACCGGUUGUUGCUUCCGAGCCUGAUGUCGACAUGAAGGACGAAGACGAGGACAAGAAGGAGAAGAAGGACAAGAAGGACAAGAAGGACAAGAAGGACAAGAAGGAAAAGAAAGAAAAGAAGGACAAGAAACGCAAGGCCGAUGACGAUGAGGGUUCUAAAAAGAAGGCUCGCAAAGAGUAA